AUGGAAGGCGGCGGUCCGAGCCGGCAAGUCGUUGCGGAAGACUUCUUGAGUAGAAAUUUUGCUACGGAGGAGGAUGCCUAUGCUGCCUACAAGGAUUUUGCUAGAUUAAGGAGUUUUGGCGUUCAGAAGGGAGAUGUAGGUUGUGUUAAUGGGAUUUUGGUAACGAGAAACUUUUUCUGCUAUCGACAAGGUAUAAGACAUCGAAAGCACUAUGAUCGACCUGAGCGAGUAAGGGAGGAGAGGCUGGAGAGUCGAAUGGACUGUAAGGCCAAAUUGAAGAUUUACUACGAUAUGCAACAGAGCGUGUGGAAGGUAAGAACCAUCAUUGACGAACACAACCACGAGCUUGCCCCAGCCAUGUUUACACAUCUUCUUCCUAGUCAUCAGAAGAUGAGCGAAGGCAACAGGGCACAGGUGGACAGUUUUAAGCAGUUUGGGAUAGCAACCUCCAAAAUAAUGGCUUACAUGGCUGGACAAUAUGGUGGGUAUGGUAUGCUUCGAUUUACAAAACGAGAUUUGUAUAAUUAUGUGCACGGACAAAGGAUUACACGAAUAUGUGAUGGGGAUGCAGCAGCAACUAUUGGUUACUUUGAGGGUAAGGCAAAUGCAGACAUAAUGACAGCGGCACGCUACACACGGACCCCGGAUAAUCGCCUGGGUAGCCUAUUUUGGGCUGAUGGCGAGAUGAUGGCGGAUUAUCAGCUAUUUGGUGAUGUGUUGGCGUUUGAUUCUAUGUAUCGUUCUAACAAGUACAGGAAGCCGCUGGUGGUUUUCUCUGGGUCAAAUCACCACAAGCAAACAUCCAAUUUUGAGUUCACGUUGCUGGAGGAUGAAGAGGUUCACACUUACCGGUGGUGUUGUUGA